CUGAGCCGCUAACACUUAGCAAUUUACCGUGGAAGAGUCUAACUACUUAAGUGGAAACCACGCUUCAAAAACCCGCACGCCCGCGCACACAGACACGCAUGCACGCUCUUGCGGGGGCUGUGCGCGCCGUAGUAUUGACGGAAAGCGCGAGGAUUGGCGCAGUUUUUGGCUUUUGUUUAAAGGGGCGUGUGCUAGCCUGAGGUGGCUAGCUGCAGAAGCUAACGGUUUGAAUUAUUCAUGAGGGAGCUCUGUGAUUGGUGGAGGCAGCGGAAGGGGCGGGGCUAGGGACGUGUGUUUACUAUUGCAGCUCAACAGGUUGACUUGCGCGACCCGCGUGUUCGCUGAGCGGAGGACAAGCGCAGACUUCAAUUAUUGUGAUUGGUGGGUCAGGAUGUCCCUGGACAAAGAGCCCCUCCUUCCUCCCGAGACGGCGGUGAAACUCAGCCCUGCCUUCCCUGCUCCCGCCAGCCUAUCAGAGCAGCCGCAGGUGACGAAGCCCCGACCCCCGGUCCAUGCCAAAAACGGCUUCCAACCUCCCGCUAGCGUCCCGCCCGCAACGGCCCAGAGAGCGGGGAAGCGGCGAUACUCCGUAGGGGUCAGCUUCAGGGGCGCGGCCAAGCGCCGUCGCCGUGCCAACAGCGAGAGCCAGACCGAUCCCGUGCUGCCGAGCCACUUCCUGCUGGGCGGGAACAUCUUUGACCCGCUGAACCUGAACUCGCUGCUGGACGAGGACGUGAACAGGACGACCAAUGAGGAGACACCAAAGUGCUCCCCCCUGCCAUCACGAAGCAGAGACCCUGUAGAGAUCCUGGUUCCCCGUGACAUCACUGACCCCCUGAACCUGAAAGGGGCAGAGGAACAGGGGGAGACGGCAGCGGUCCUGCUGUCUCCCCUGAAGUCCAGGAGGAGACACAGGUACAGACACCAUGGAGGAGGAGCAGCGGGAGGGGAGAAGGACAAGGAGGGGGUAGCAGCACGACUGUUUGCCUCCACAGCUGGACUCGCAGUUCCAGUGUUGGGCAGAGAGGGCAGUGUUUCUGCAUCUCCUCUUUCAUGCGAACUCAAUACUGCCAUCACUUGUCGAGAUGAUGUUGCCCCACCCCCACACCUUCCCAGGAGGCACACCCACCCCCCACCUGGCCCCACCCCGAAGCCUGGUAACAAAGGAGAAGGUCGCCAUCGAAAACGGCGACGCACAACAUCCACAAGAUCAACAGACACUGUCACCACGGCAACCGUACCUCUGCCAACCAAAUUUCAGACACCGAUUGUGGGCGGCACUGCAGCUAUGAGGUGUGGAGGACCGCGGCUCGGCGCGGCUCAAGCAUCGGAGAAGAAGAAAGACAAACACCGGUACCAGUUUGGCAACCACAGCCGUUACUACGGCUACCACGGUUUCUACGGCGACCGUUGCGAGGGUCGGGUCGGCAUGGAGGAAGACCCUCGGCUCCGCCUCCUGGAAGCUGAUUGGUUCAGGGACAAGACGGUGCUGGACGUGGGCUGCGGCAGCGGCCACAUUACCCUGGCCAUCGCUCGGAGGUUCGACCCCACCCACAUCCUGGGGGUGGAGCUGGACGAGAAGCUGGUACACGCCGCCAAGCAGAACAUCCGGCACUUCCUGUCACAUGACUUGGUGACGGAGCAAAGGAAGAGGGUGGCAGGGGAGGAGGAGAUGGAGGAGACUGGAGAAAAAAAAGAGGAGGAGCUGAUGAAGGAGCUCCAGCAGACUCUCCACCUCGUCUCCCUCCCUCUGUCGUUCCGGGUGUCCCGGGGCCCCCUCUCUGCUCCGCCCCUCGUCCCUCCCCCCUCCUCCUCCUCGUCCUCCUCCUCCCGCUUCCCCAGCAACAUCACCUUCAUCCAGGGCGACUAUGUGUCAGAGGAGGAGGCGUGGCCUGGGAAGGGUCACUACGAUGUGAUCCUGUGUCUGGGCGUGACCAAGUGGGUGCAGCUGCAGUCGGGCGACGAGGGCGUGGUCAGGUUGUUCAGGCGGGCCUAUCAGAGCCUGUCGGCGGGCGGAGUCUUGAUCCUGGAGCCUCAGCCGUGGAGCAGCUACAGCCACAGCAAGAGAGCCUCGGAGGCGACGUUCCGACACUACAGGACCCUGAGACUCCGGCCCGAGCAGUUCACGUCCUUCCUGACGGACAGCGUGGGCUUCAGCUCCUACAGACUCCUCAAACCCACAGGUAACCAGCGAGCCAUUUACCUGUUCCACAAAAGCCCCACCCACAGAAAGUGAGACGUCCCACUGUUUCCAUGGUAACAAACGUAAACUGAGCAAUGGCCAGGAGGGAGUUGUGGGUGGUUGAUGACAUCACACCUCAGAGGAGGAGCCAGAUCCGACUGGAUGACCGGACUCUUCCUGUGGACGGGAUUGGUUGAUGCAGGCCCAGAGCAAGGCAUUGUGGGAGUCCGUGCUGACGGCGCACGUGCGGCCACACGGCGGUUCCGGGCCGGAGGGAUUCAGCAGCUGGAACGGUGAUCAGGAGAGCCAGACUGAACUGAGCAUGCUCAGGACGAGGAGGUGUUUCUGUUGGUUAAUCUGUCAUGUGACUUCUCGGACAGGAAGUGAUGUCUGGUCAAGAUUUGUUUGUUUUUCAGAAUAAAUCUUGGCUCUGCUG